AUGGCCAACAUGAAAGCCUCCUUCCACCUACCCGAGAGCAUAUAUAGUGGCCUAACCGCAUUUUUCAAUGCACCAAAAGAUAUCUCAAUUUCACCAAACUAUCUAAAAAUGUCAUCGGAGAUAGCCAACUCCGGCCUCAAUUUCAAUGAAACUGAGCUUACUCUCGGUUUACCGGGCGAAUCGCGGAAGCAAAUCUCCGGCACAAAACGUGGAAUCUCCGACGGUAUGGAAUUAAGCUUAGGAAGCUCACCUUCCGGCGAACACCGCCGUGAUAACUGCCAAGAAGAUCACUCGAAAAUUGAAAUCUCUACCGGAACGAAACCUCCAGCAAAGGCACAAGUAAUUGGAUGGCCGCCGGUGAGAUCAUACAGGAAAAACGUGCAAGAAAAGUGCAAGUACGUGAAGGUAGCAGUUGACGGAGCUCCUUACUUGAGAAAAGUAGAUCUGGAAAUGUACGACAGUUACCAGAAACUGUUAAAUGCUUUAAAAAACCUGUUUACUUGCCUAACAAUUUGUAAUUCUCAAAGUGAGAGCAAGCUUAUGGACCUUACAAAUGGUGUAGAAUAUGUACCUACUUAUGAAGAUAAAGAUGGAGACUGGAUGCUUGUUGGAGAUGUUCCAUGGAAAAUGUUUGUUGAUACGUGUAAGAGAAUUAGGUUGAUGAAGAGCUCGGAGGCAAUUGGAUUAGCUCCAAGAACACCUGGGAGAUCCUCGAGUUCAAGCUAAUAAAGAAGUUUAAUCUAAAGAUAACUGCAUGUACAGAUACCAACUGGAGGAAUAAUAAGGCUUUUUCCCCUUCUUAUUGUGUUCUUUGAUUCUAGGAAAAUAGGAUAAGUAAUAUAAUGCAGGGAUAUAAUUAGGUAUUUACUUCGAAGUGUAUUUUGUGCUACGAUCCUUCCCCGUGUGAGAGAAGAGGAUUGUUUUUAUUAUUAUUAUUGUAUUUUCGAGUUUGUUUUUGUCGUUACGAUUGUAGAUCUCAAUCAUGAAUAAGGACAUGGAAAAAGAAAAGGGAUUUUUUUGUACGAUUUGUGAAAGGGUGAAAAAUGA